GGGCUGCGGACAUCAAGUCAGGAUAUCUACUCUGGUAUCUCAUCAGGGGUGAAUCAGCCUGGAAGACACACAGACCAGGCAAGCGCCAUGGCUUCACAUGUAACAACAGCUGGAGGGUUUGUUAUCGUCACUCACAAGUACCCCCUGAGCAGUGCUGGCCAGGCUGCACCAGGAACAGUGGCAAGCCAGCUGCCAGGGCCGAUGCAGACAUUUCUACGAGGACAGCCCAAAGCUUUGGGGGUUGUGCAAAUAAUAAUUGGGAUUGUGAGUCUGCUGUUUGGUCCUGUCCUGGUGAAUGUGUACAUGUUUGCAGGAGACAUUGGAUUACCUUUCUGGACUGGUGUAUGGUAUAUUAUCUCUGGAUCCCUGGCUGUUGCAGCUGAGAAUACCUACAGAAGAGAUCUGGUGAAGGCAUGUUUAGGAAUGAACAUUGUCAGUUCUGUUUUUGCUGGAGUUGGAUUUAUUCUCUAUUCAGUAAACCUGUCCAUAAGAACUUUGACAAUCCAACAUGUAGGCCUUCUGGCAGUUCUUCUGGUGCUGAACAUUUUGGAGAUGUGCAUCGCUAUCGCUACAUCAGCCUUCGGAUGCAAAUCUGAAUGCAGUUACACUGGCAUGCCGGAGGUUGCUUUUCAACAGGCAUGAAUCCAGUGACCUGGGUGCAGAUUUGCUCAAUCGAACUAUAAGAAGCAUGCAGUCAAGAAGACAACUGUCCCUCCGCCUCCUCUAGCAAAGCUUAGCCAGUGCGAAAGACUUCAUCUCUGCAAGGUGUUAUUAUCAGAACAAGUUAAACAACAAUGAAAUCCUCCCAUGUGUAAACUGUCAGGGAAUUUGUAUUGAUAUGAAAAUGAAAAUGUGGUAAUUUGCUUUGGAUCAUUUGUUUGUUUUUGCUUAUAAUUUUAAUAAGAUCAUUUGUAUUUUGAAGUGUAAGUCAAAAGUUGAAAUGUUUCACAUGUUCAGUUAUGAUAUUGUUUUUAUAUUUUAAUAUGUUUUCAUCACAAUAAUG